CUUCAAAAAAUGUCAAAAAGAAAGCAAGCCGCGAGCGUGGACGACGACGAUAGCGACGUCAGUCUCGUUGAUGUCGACUUUGAGUUUUUCGACCCCAAUCCCAAGCUUGAUUAUCAUGCUCUCAAAAGGCUGCUCGGUCAACUGCUGCAGGCUGAUGCAGAUCUGUUCCAUCUACAUGAUUUAACAGAACUCGUCCUCUCCCAGCCACUACUCGGUACAACCGUCAAAACAGAUGGAAUCGAGAGCGAUCCCUACGCUUUCCUGACGAUCCUCAAUAUGCACACACACCAAAAUCACCCUUCCAUCAAGGCCCUUAUUGAAUAUGCGAUGCUCAAGUCAUCGCCCACUCCCCCACUUCAAGCAGCUCUUCUUAGUUUACUUGGUCCUGAUGCCCUAAACUCACCGAACCACGUUGGUCUUGUGCUAUCUGAGCGCCUGAUCAAUAUGCCUGUACAAGUCGCUCCCCCGAUGUAUCGUAUGCUUGUUGAUGAAAUGAAGUGGGCCGUUGAGGACAACGAACCGUUCAACUUUUCACAUUUCCUGUUCAUCACACGGAUCUAUAAACUUUCUCCUGAAGAAGAGGAGGCAAUGCAAACAGCAAGCCAUACCUCCAAACGGCAAAAACCGAUCACAACCGCGUCCGCCCCAUCCAAUGGAGUGUAUUCGUUCCAUCCAGAAGACGAGUAUAUACAAAUGAUGGCUUCCCACAGUGUGGACUAUGCUUUCACAAACUCACAGCCGAGGGAGAAAGAAUCGUUUGGUUUAGAUACUGGCGGUCGGAUGAUGCUCGUACCCGCUAGUCGUCUACAGGAAUUGGUGGAUACUUUGGCCAAUGUUUACAAAGUGCCUGGCUGAUUUUUUCAUCUCUGCAUGUUCUAUAAUGUGCGCACAAUCAAAUCAAUGAUGUGGAUCCAAAAU